AUGGCAACCAUCAAGGCUAUCGAGGCCCGCUCGGUCCACCAAAUUCAGUCUGGCCAGGUUAUCACCGACCUAUGCUCUGUCGCGAAAGAACUAGUCGAAAACAGUCUUGAUGCGGGCGCAACUAGCAUUGAGGUUCGAUUUAAGAACAACGGGUUGGACUUGAUUGAGGUUCAAGACAACGGCGCUGGAAUCUCACCGGAGAACUAUGAAAAUGUCGCUUUAAAACACUACACCUCCAAACUAUCUUCAUAUGACGACCUGACAACCCUCCACACCUUCGGUUUCCGCGGCGAGGCCCUCUCCUCCCUCUGCGCCCUCGCCGACUUUCACGUCGUAACCGCCCAGGCACAUCAAGCCCCGAAAGCGAACAGGCUGGAUUUCGAAAUAUCAGGUCAACUACGCAAGACUCAGAUCGUCGCAGGCCAAAAAGGUACCACCGCCUCUGUCGGUGGAAUCUUUAAGCGCCUUCCCGUCCGUCGACGAGAACUGGAGAAGAACAUCAAGCGAGAAUACGGCAAGGUGCUGAACCUUCUACAUGCAUACGCCUGUAUCAGCACGGGGGUCCGGUUCAGCGUGCGAAAUACGGUCGGCAAGACAAAGAAUGUGGUUGUGUUCUCUACAAAUAGUAACCCUACAACCAAGGAGAAUAUCGCCAAUGUCUACGGCGCGAAGACACUAUCUGCUCUGAUCCCUCUGGAUCUGGAUUUGGAAUUCGAGCCUUCUUAUUCGAUGAAACGAGCCGGGGGCGAUGGACAGGUGAAUGAGAUCCAGGUUCGAGGACAUAUCUCGCGGCCUGUCUUCGGAGAGGGUCGUCAGACGCCUGAUCGGCAGGUAUUCUUCGUUAAUUCGAGACCUUGUGGAUUGCCGCAGAUUGCGAAGGCAUUCAAUGAAGUUUAUAAAUCGUUUAAUGUCUCGCAGUCGCCAUUUAUCUUUGCGGAUUUUCAAAUGGAUACUAAUGCUUAUGAUGUGAAUGUGUCCCCGGAUAAGCGAACGAUCUUGCUCCACGAUGCAGCGGCGCUGAUUGAGUCUCUGAAGACCUCGCUGGCUCAAUUGUUUGAGGCAGCGGAUCAGACAGUGCCUCAGUCGCAGGUGCUGGGAUCUAAAAGUUCGGCGAGCAAGCAGCAGGCGUCGUUGCCAGGGUUUGUGACUGCGAGACAGCUUGCUCAGAGUGCAUCUGCAUCCCCUAUAACUCCGCAUCUGGAACGGAACGGCAAGGAGGAUGCCGAUACCCAACCGGAAGCAGAAAGUCAGACCGUAGGAAGUAUAAGCCGAUUUAUGAGCUCGCAAGAUGGCUCUAGUCAGGUGGACGUCCCUUCUUCGCCUACAAAACCUACCAAAGUGUCCCGGCAUUCAAGGCUGCCUCCGGUUGCCGCCUCUCCGGAGCCAGAAUUAAACAUCACACCUGGUCAACCUAAGAGCCGUGGUAUAGUCCCGGUAUCAGAAACCAUUCAAGCUACUCCCGAGGUGCCUGAUGUUUCAUCCCAGGUCUCCGAUGAAGAGCAGGAACUGGAAUCUGGGACGCAAGAAUCUGAAGAAACGCCGAAUGUGGUCCAAAAUGCCUUUGAUCGCAUACGUCCUCGUCGAGUGCCAGCUGAGAUGGCUACUAUUACCAUUGGAGGACGCACUGUGACAUCUAUGGUUGGAAGUGGCCUACCGCGGAAACGCACUUCUGACUACGGCUCUUCAAAUAAUGAAACCCCCAAGAGCAAACGAAGAGUCCAUACGCCUUCUAGGCCUAAUAUAUUCGGGAAACAUAUGAGAGCCUUUUCGGCACCGGGGACACAACAAGAAGAUGAGGAGGAAGAUGAGGAGGGUGAGGGCGAGGAUGAAGAAAUCGAUGACGAUGAUGAGCAAUAUGAAGAUGUUGAAGCAGAGGAGGCCGAGGCUGAGGAUGAAGAAUAUGAAGAGGACGAAGCAGAGCAUCCGGAAGUGCCUUCCCUGGACCCUGAACAUUAUGAUAUCUCAGAAGAAACUCACGAUUCCGUUCUUCGGUCAAACAUCAAUGACGGCCGGGAUAUUAGGCAAGAAACAACCACUAGUGAUAGUCAAGGCGAUUUUGACGAAGCCAAGAAGAAAGCUCAAGAAGAAGCUACAGUCCAACGCCUAAUCCACCAAGCCGAGGAAACAGCCGUUCUGCCUGAUGAACAUAGCGCCAGCCGGGCCAACAAAAUGAACAAGGGUGCUGCGCACCGCGACGCGACUGUCAGUCUCAUCAGCACAAUAGAUGCAUCUGUCUCCCGACUUCGGACCCAAAUGGACAAAAUCCGAGAAUGUCUCCAACCACGAAGUGCUUCAUCACAAGUUGACAACGCCGACGCAGACGAGACAACAGCAGAAGACAAACUCUCCUUGACGGUCAGCAAAGCGGACUUUGCCCAAAUGCGCAUAAUAGGCCAAUUCAACCUGGGGUUCAUCCUUGCUGUCCGACCAGGCGAUGACCACGACGAACUCUUCAUCAUCGACCAACAUGCUUCGGACGAAAAGUUCAAUUUCGAACGACUUCAGGCCGAAACCGUCGUCCAAAAUCAACGGCUCGUCCGCCCACAGCGAUUGGACUUGACAGCCGUCGAAGAAGAGGUCGUGCUGGAGAAUCGAUCCGCCCUCGAGAAGAACGGCUUCAUCGUCACGGUCGAUGAAAGUGGCGACGAGCCUAUCGGCCGUCGGUGUCAGCUUGUCUCGCUGCCCCUGAGCAAGGAGGUUGUCUUUGGAUCUCGUGAUCUCGAGGAACUGAUCGUCCUCUUGUCGGAGUCGCCUGUUAAUCAUGGAAUCUCCAUUCCGCGCCCUGGUAAAGUGCGGAAGAUGUUUGCCAUGCGUGCGUGUCGCUCAAGUAUCAUGAUCGGGAAGACCUUGACAACACGCCAAAUGCAACGCGUUGUUAGAAAUAUGGGCACGAUCGAUAAGCCCUGGAACUGUCCUCACGGCCGGCCUACUAUGAGGCAUCUGAUGCGUCUAGGACAGUGGGAGGAGUGGAAUGAAUAUGCGGAUCAGGCUCCGGCCGAAGAUGGAGAGCCUGAGUCGGAGCUUGAAUCGGAUGAACCUACGGGCUUAGAUCUAUGGCAACGGUAUGUAGAAGGGGAGGCGGAUGUGGAUGUGGAAAUGGACGAUGAAUGA